UCAUAAAAAAAAAAAUAAAAACGAGUGCUUGUGAUGAGCAAAGACGAUUAAAAAAAGUGUCGAUAGACCAAUAUUCUGCAGAAAUUAGCCAGAAUCUUCAGGUAUCUACAAAAUAUACUAAAUAACACCGUCGCAUGUGAGGGUGCUAUGUGGUGGUGCUGUUCUUCUUCCGCUAGUUCAGGACCGAUGGCUGCUAUUCGCAAAAAAUUAGUAAUCGUCGGUGACGGUGCGUGUGGUAAAACAUGUCUCCUCAUCGUGUUUAGUAAAGAUCAGUUUCCGGAAGUGUACGUGCCGACAGUGUUUGAGAAUUACGUCGCCGACAUAGAAGUUGAUGGAAAACAAGUGGAACUUGCGUUAUGGGAUACUGCUGGACAGGAAGAUUAUGACCGACUGCGACCAUUGUCUUAUCCCGACACCGACGUCAUCCUCAUGUGCUUCUCAGUUGACUCUCCUGACUCACUCGAGAAUAUACCUGAGAAGUGGACACCCGAGGUGAAACACUUUUGCCCUAAUGUGCCCAUCAUUCUUGUGGGAAAUAAAAAGGAUUUGCGCAAUGACCCGGCCACAAUCAGUGAACUACGCAAAAUGAAGCAGGAGCCAGUGAAACCUCAGGAAGGUCGAGCUAUGGCAGAAAAAAUAAACGCGUUUGCAUAUCUAGAGUGCUCUGCAAAGAGCAAGGAGGGAGUGCGUGAAGUGUUCGAGACAGCGACUCGCGCCGCGUUACAAGUCAAGAAGAAGAAGAAGACCAGGUGUUCUCUGCUGUAAUUGUGCUGUUGUUGGGAGAACUCUGAUUUAUGAAUUGUACGCAUACUGCCUGUUAAACUUACGUUUGAAACGACUCGGACUGCAGCAGUCGCGACGUCGGCCAGUGCUUCCUUCCGAUACUGACAGCUGACGCGAUGUCGCGGCCCGCGUUGCACGCACACCCACUCAGUAUUCGUGUGACUACACUUUCACAACUGGUACUUGUAUAUUUUAUAGAUUAUCUAUAAAGAUUAAGCGUAAUUGCCUUAAAAAUAUGUAGUCGGGGGAGAGUGUAGACCUCCAGCUUCGGAGGUCCACUAGAUUUUUUGUGCUAUCAUGUUAUAUAAUCAAGUAGCAUUUCUUUUAACUAUAGGUGUAUUUGCGACCGGUGUUAUCACUGAGACUCGAUUGUUUAGUUUGAUAUUUUGUAUUUUAAUUUUUCAAUAAAAUAGUGAUGUAUAAAUUGUGUAGGACGUUUAUUUGACAUGGAGCAUGCGCUCUGACUAUCAACAAAGUGCCUGUGUACUGGCCACGCCAUGAGGUGCUAGUGAGCAACCACAGCCUUUGAGGCACACUGGCUCCUUGGGGCAUAAUGUCAGCUCAUGGUUCUUAGGGCAGUUAUUUUUAUUGUAUCUAUUUGUGUGAAAAUUUAACUUUCCAUAUUGCAUGCUAAUAUAAUUUAUUAGUAAUAAAGGAACCCCAUGUUUUAACAAUUC